AGUUGUAAAAUCUGGCUUUCUCCCCCCUUUGCUCCCUUCUCUCUCUGCUUCUUCUUCUUCUUCUCUCUUCCCCACUUCUAGCUUUUCUGGAUCUUGAAACCCGCCCUCAAUCUCUCCAAAACUCAUAAACAUUUUCAUAUAAUCUUUUGAUCCCUGUGUUUGUUCAACACAUUUCAUCCAAAUUUACUCUUUUAUACCCGUUUUGUUCCAUUGAUCUAACGGUUCUGAUCUGAUCACAUCUUGAGAGAUUGUUAAAAGGGAAAGAUCCUUUCAUCAUAUAAAGAAGUGGGUUUGCGCUUAAAGAGUCUGCAACAAGAAGCAGGGGAAGUGGGAGGUGGCAAGGAUGGGGCAUUAGACGAGCAACAGCUAAUUGGUCGUGUAUCUAAAAGCUGUCCCUUUUAGGAGGACUGAAUAUAAUAGGAAAGAGUUACCCAGCAGUGAAGUGGCUGGAAGAAGUUGUAGUACAGGGUUAAUAGAAAGUUCCUAUUUUAAAUUACCUUGUCAUUCUUCGCCUUCAUAUACAACUACUAUAUUGAGAUUCCUUUCUUCUCUUUAACCAGUUCCUAAGCUGAAGCCUCAUCUUACAUAUUCCUGCAUUCCCUUACAAGUUUUCCUGACGGCCUUCUGCCUAUUUGUGCUUUUAAAUUUAUUACUUUUGGUGUUUAUAAGCAACUAUGGUGUUCUAGCUGCCAUUUUACUCAAAGAAGAUGGCGUUUCGUUCCGAGGAAGCACAAACAGAGGAUUACCUUUUCAAGAUUGUUUUGAUUGGUGAUUCGGCUGUUGGGAAGUCAAAUUUGCUUGCUAGAUUUGCUCGAGAUGAAUUUUAUCCAAACUCAAAAUCGACAAUAGGAGUAGAGUUCCAGACCCAAAAGCUGGACAUAAAUGGCAAGGAGGUCAAAGCACAGAUAUGGGAUACAGCAGGUCAAGAACGCUUUAGGGCAGUAACUUCUGCAUAUUACAGAGGCGCAGUUGGAGCUCUUCUGGUUUAUGAUAUUAGUAGACGCCAAACUUUUGAUAAUAUCAGUCGAUGGCUUAAUGAACUUCAGACUCAUUCUGACAUGAACGUGGUUACAAUACUCGUUGGCAAUAAAUCCGAUCUCAAAGACGCACGGGAGGUCACAACAGCUGAAGGCAAAUCCUUAGCGGAGGCACAAGGUUUAUUCUUUAUAGAAACAUCUGCUUUGGAUUCCUCGAAUGUAGCUGUAGCUUUUCAAACAGUUGUUAAAGAAAUCUAUAAUAUUUUGAGCCGGAAGGUCAUUCAAUCGCAAGAACUCCAAAAGAAGGAUUCUGGUCGAUUAGCAAAUGGAAAAACUGUGGUUUUGCAGGCAGAUGAAAAUCAAGAAGCGAAUGGACAAGCGAAGAAAGGCUGGUGUUGUUCAUCAUAAUUUGGGAUGAUAUUGUUGUCAACAUCUCUUCUACCCUGUUGUAAUUCAAUUUCUAUUGUUGCUUUUGAAAGAUUAUUAUGGGGGGAAACAAAGAAGUAAAUUUCAUCUUUGUGCUGUGGGAAAACAAAGUUCCAUUAGAUAAAUGUAAAUUAUUCAAAGGGGAGAAGAACCUUUUUUUGAGCUGUCAGUUUUUGUAUAAUGCACUGGUAUACAGAUUCUUCUCUUC